AUGCCCGAGGGAACCAUGCGCGCGCUCUACUAUAGCGCUCCCCAGAAAUUCGAGAUCAAGGAAGUGCCGAUCCCGAAGUGCAACGACGACGAUCUUCUCCUCAAAGUGACAUGCUGUGGUGUCUGCGGCACGGACGGGCACAUUCACGAGGGUGAAUUCAUUGCCAAGUUCCCCCUCAUCCCCGGUCACGAAGCGAUCGGAAAGGUGGUGGAGAAGGGCAAGAACGUCAAGGACUUUGAGCUCGGCGACAGGGUUGUCGCGGAUGUUGGCAUUUCCUGCGACGACUGCUUCUACUGCCGACGGGGUCAGGCGGUACUUUGCGAGAACUUCAAUGCACGUGGUGUGACCAUGGACGGUGGGUUUGCCGAAUAUAUCGUUUACCAUCAAAAGAAGUGCUACAAGAUCCACAACCUCACUGACGAGGAGUCAACACUGCUCGAGCCCGCGGCAUGUGCUAUCCACGGCCUCGACAAGCUGAACCCGCCUGUCGGCAUUGACGUCCUCCUGCUCGGUGCCGGCCCAACCGGCCUUAUCCUCGCCCAGCUGCUCAAGCUGAACGGCGCGCACAAGGUCGUCAUUGCGGCGAAUAAGGGUAUCAAGAUGGACAUCGCCAAGCAGCUGAAUGCGGGGGACGAGUACAUCGAGCUCGACCGGCAGAACCCUGACCCUCAGUGGGAGCAGCUCAAGAAGGACAACCCGUACGGCUUUGACGUCGUGGUUGAGGCGACCGGCGUGGAGAAGCUCGCGCAGGAGAGCAUUAACUACGUCCGGAGGGGAGGCACGAUCAUGAUCUACGGCGUGUACGCGAACAAGGCGACGGUGCACUGGCCGCCGUCCAAGAUCUUCGGGGACGAGAUCAAGAUUCUCGGCUCGUUCUCACAGGCGUUCUGCUUCCCCCGCGCGGUUGCGUACCUCGACGGCGGAAAGAUCAACGUCAAGGGCAUGGUUACGGAUGUCUUCAAGCUUGAGGACUACCAGGGCGCUCUGGACAAGAUGAACAGCCGUGGUGCUCUCAAGAUUGCCAUCAAGCCGUGA